CCAUCUCGAACCUCAUCUCCCAAACAGCGAAUCAAACCACAACAAAAAAAAAAGACAGUCUAUUCAACAGCGAAAAAUACACAGGCACUGCUGGUACAGGCAUACAACUUCGGUUCGAUUACACUUAAAGUUUGCUGUGCUUCAACGUGCGGCGAUUAACGGACAUUUUUCAAUAUGGACAAUACUUCCUCAGCCGCAGUAAUAGCUGAGCUUGAAGCUACUCCUCCAAGGAGCAAAGACGCAGCAACGAGCACUGAACCCAAGGACGACGUCAAGGUCAUGGUGGUUGGUAGCACUGAGCACGAGGGCCUCAAACUCCUUUCAGGAACAGAAAAGUCUGGGGCAAACACUCAAAUCCAAGAGGAAGUCAGACAGGCCAAAAUGAAGAACCCAGCGGUCCUGGUCAACCUCCCAUCAUCACCAUCAGCUCAGGCAUACGAGGUCACCCAGCAAGCUAAACCCGACGAUGGAUAUUUCGAGCCCGUCUUCCCCGAGGCAGAAGGGGCAGCCGCAGCAGAGGGGGCAACUAAGAAAAGCCCAUGAUCCUGAGACAGCAUGUUUGAAAAUUCAUCAAGUUAUUCACGGCGGCGACGGUGUUAUAUUUUCUUAUACCAACUAAGCUCAGCCACAGUUACUUAGUCAUGUUCCCAUGUGUCUAUUCCGUGCUUUUGAAACUUCUGGGGACUUCUGGAAACAGGAUCCGGAUGAACGGGUUGAGGUGCGGAGAUUUGGAAUUGACAUUGUAUUCGAUGCGCUUUUUUUCUUUGGGGUGAGCGGGGAUUUUGAAUUUAAACGAUAUCUCGGCGCAGUUUGCCCCGACCACUGUGGGUUUGAUUUAUGGUGUAAAGGCGUGUUAUGGCCGGGGUUGGGUUCCUCCGGUGAGGGAGCUGAGAUUAAGGUUAAGCUUCAUGGUGAAUUCUGCCAGUGUAACACAUAAAAGUGGGGAAGCUCGAAGCUUAUGAAGAGCGACAGCCACCACACAAAUAGCAGCUACGGUAAAACAAGUCACCAAUACCUUCUGGGAAAAAUAAAUAAA